AUGGCCCAUCUCGCGCGCCCCAUGUCCUCCACGUCACCCGCUUUCAACCUCACCUCCUCCCCCGGCUCCUCCGAGUCCGGCGACGACGACGCCCCCUUGCCCUUUCCCGCCGUCCUCCCCCGAUCCGACUUCCUGGCCCCCGGCUUCCAGCCCGCCGCCUACCUCUCCGCCCUGCCGCACCGCCACCAGACCCUCGAGGACCUGCGCUCCGACCUGAGGGACCGCAGCUCCGCCAUCAGCGCAGAGCUCCUCGAGCUCGUCAACUCAAACUACACGGCCUUUCUGUCCCUCGGCAGCGAGCUUCGCGGCGGCGAUGACAAGGUCGAGGAUGUCAAGGUGGCCCUGCUCGGGUUCCGCCGCGCCGUCGACGAGAUCAAGGCAAAGGUGGCAAAGAGGCGCGAGGACACGCUGGUCCUCAACUCCCAACUGCGAAAGGUUCGCUCCGACAUUGCCCUGGGGCGCAUCAUGAUUGAGCUCUCGGAUCGCUUGUCGGCUCUCGAGGAGAGGCUGGCAAUACACACUCUCGCGGCAAACAACGAGCCGCAAUGGGACUACGAUCAAAGCGACCAAGACGACGACGACGACCCGGACGAGCACGUAGAGGGCCUCGUUGGGAGUCCGCCCGCGAGGCUGCUGCAGUCUGCGCGAGACUGCAGCCAGAUUGCGGCUCUCGCAGAGUCUCUCGACCAGCAGCAUCCAUUUAUCGUCAAGAGCCAGGAGCGCCUGACAACAUGUCGCAAUACCCUACUUCUAGACUUGUCAAACGCGCUCAAGGAAGCGAGAGGUGCCGGCCGCAGAGGCCAGGGCCGGGUCUUGCGCUAUCUGCACAUAUACCGCGUCCUGGAUGCUCGGCGAGAUGCCGUAAAAGCCCUCCGCAGUGGGUGA